UUGGAGUACAGAGACAGGGAGAGACAGAGAAAACGGGAAAGUAGGCGGCAAGCAAGCCAAGCUCAACGAGAGAGAGAGCGGCAGAGAGCUAUAGAAAGGAGGCGAAACUGCACUGACGAGCAACGGGAAAGAAAGAAAGAAAGAGACAGAGAAAGGAGAAGCAAUGUUACUGACGAACAACGGGAGAGAGAGCAGGAAAGGGAUAGAGAAAGGAGGCGCAAUUUUACUGACGAGCAGCGGGAGAGAGUGCAGGAAAGGGAUAGAGAAAGGAGGCGCAAUUUUACUGACGAGCAACGGGAGAGAGAGCAGGAAAGGGAUAGAGAAAGGAGGCGCAAUUUUACUGACGAGCAGCGGGAGAGAGAGCAGGAAAGGGAUAGAGAAAGGAGGCGCAAUUUUACUGACGAGCAACGGGAGAGAGAGCAGGAAAGGGAUAGAGAAAGGAGGCGCAAUUUUACUGACGAGCAGCGGGAGAGAGAGCAGGAAAGGGAUAGAGAAAGGAGGCGCAAUUUUACUGACGAGCAACGGGAGAGAGAGCAGGAAAGGGAUAGAGAAAGGAGGCGCAAUUUUACUGACGAGCAGCGGGAGAGAGAGCAGGAAAGGGAUAGAGAAAGGAGGCGCAAUUUUACUGACGAGCAACGGGAGAGAGAGCAGGAAAGGGAUAGAGAAAGGAGGCGCAAUUUUACUGACGAGCAGCGGGAGAGAGAGCAGGAAAGGGAUAGAGAAAGGAGGCGCAAUUUUACUGACGAGCAACGGGAGAGAGAGCAGGAAAGGGAUAGAGAAAGGAGGCGCAAUUUUACUGACGAGCAACGGGAGAGAGAGCAGGAAAGGGAUAGAGAAAGGAGGCGCAAUUUUACUGACGAGCAGCGGGAGAGAGAGCAGGAAAGGGAUAGAGAAAGGAGGCGCAAUUUUACUGACGAGCAACGGGAGAGAGAGCAGGAAAGGGAUAGAGAAAGGAGGCGCAAUUUUACUGACGAGCAACGGGAGAGAGAGCAGGAAAGGGAUAGAGAAAGGAGGCGCAAUUUUACUGACGAGCAGCGGGAGAGAGAGCAGGAAAGGGAUAGAGAAAGGAGGCGCAAUUUUACUGACGAGCAACGGGAGAGAGAGCAGGAAAGGGAUAGAGAAAGGAGGCGCAAUUUUACUGACGAGCAGCGGGAGAGAGAGCAGGAAAGGGAUAGAGAAAGGAGGCGCAAUUUUACUGACGAGCAACGGGAGAGAGAGCAGGAAAGGGAUAGAGAAAGGAGGCGCAAUUUUACUGACGAGCAGCGGGAGAGAGAGCAGGAAAGGGAUAGAGAAAGGAGGCGCAAUUUUACUGACGAGCAACGGGAGAGAGAGCAGGAAAGGGAUAGAGAAAGGAGGCGCAAUUUUACUGACGAGCAGCGGGAGAGAGAGCAGGAAAGGGAUAGAGAAAGGAGGCGCAAUUUUACUGACGAGCAGCGGGAGAGAGUGCAGGAAAGGGAUAGAGAAAGGAGGCGCAAUUUUACUGACGAGCAACGGGAGAGGGAGUAGGAAAGGGAUAGAGAAAAGAGGCGCAAUUUUGCAGAUGAGCAACGUGACAGGGAGCACGAGAGAAACAGAGAAAGGAGGCAAAAUUUCACUGAAGAGCAACUGGAGAAUGAACGAGAGAGAGCAAGAGAAAAUAGACGCCGAAUUAGCGACGAGCGGCGAAGAAGAGAGCGAGAAACAGCAAGGGGAAACAGGCGUCGUAUAAACGAAGACGAGCGGGAAGGAGGAGAAGGUGAGUGACUAUCUUCGAGGUUAGUUUACUGUUUAUUUGUGGCGGAUAGAAGGCGUGUGGUUUUUACAAAAACAAAUUGAAAACUCAGUCUGACUAGCUGCUGUUUUGUUCGUCUGACCAAUCAGCACACGUCACUUGUUGUCACGCAGUGUCGAGUUUCAGACAGUCGGAGAUCCUAUAUUUUAUCUUGAGGGAAGUGUAUUCCGUCUCUAGUAGUUCGCUGCGGUUAAGAUAUUUUGACAUGUGUUUAAGUUCGGUAAAAAGAAAGGAAAUUGAAGUUUCAAUUUAACAAGACAGGCACAUCAAAGAUGUUACAGUAUAAUACUCAUGUAUUUUCGAUCUUUCUGUUUCGCGGAAAACCCAAGGUAAUCUUACAUGUAAAUGUGCAAGUUAUGUAAUAUUUCAUCGAGAAUUUAGUUAAGGUGGCUGAAAACAGUUUUGCGGACGGUCAGCGGUAGCGCGUGUUUUAAAUUAGACAAACAAAUAUGGCGGCGAAAAAAGCAAUGAUACACAGACGACGAUUUCUCAAAAUCUACUCUUUUAUCGUAUUUUAAAUGAUGAGAACUUUAAAAUGGAAGUUGAACAGACGAAUUUUGUAACACAUUUAAUAAUUACGGUAGAAUCAUAUUAUUGAUUAUCUAAAAACCCCUCUGUUAAAAUUUGGUCAAAUAAGUUUCAAAUGGUAAUGUUUAAUUAUAGUAAGCUGUGUGCGAGUUUAUGGGAAAAUCUAAUGAGCGAAUUUUAUGUAAACUGAGUAACGGUGAAAUUUUAAGGUUGUAUUUAAUCGUUCACGUUGCCAUGGAAACUACGAAAACGUCAAAUUUUACCUGUCAGUCAAACUCUUUCAUCAGUAUAUUUUUCACUUGCCAAGUUUCAGCUUGUGAGCUGCAACCUUUCUCUUGCCACAAUUUGGCAAAUGACCUAUACUCAGAAACUGGCAAAACUGUGUUCAGCCACCUUAAAUAACCAUUGACAUUUCCUUCUGUCCGAUCCGACGGUGCGGUGAAUCGCUCAAUAAAACUCCUGUCGUGACCGUUCUUCAUUCUGUUAGCCUACGUAAGCUUAAAAACUUUUGCCGCGACUCUGGCCUUUGUGACAAGUGAAAAUUUUUUUUAGAGGAUCGUAAAUUACAUGUAAACGGCCUAAUGCAUGUGAAAGCGUUGUUGUGUUUUCUGAAAAGUCUUUGAGAUGUCACUGUUCCAUCCUUGUGCCCGGCGGACAGUGGUUUGAAUUUGAAGAUGUUUUGCCAUGAUGCUUUUUGAAAGAGCUAAUUUGUUGCCGAUUGUUCGGGUUCAUGCAGGCCCGCUAUUUACUUUUUUAGGGUAAACAGAAUUUAUUUGCUUUGUAGUGUAAGAGGUAUUCGGCUGGCUAUUCUCCCUCUUGUAAUUGAAAUAUCUUUUUUUAGUAUUCGGCUUUUCCAUUUUGUAGAUACCUAUCUUCUUAUGUUUUUUAUGUAAAUAGGAAGGUCAUGAAGUCAGUGCUCGAAAAUAGUGGCCGGUCACGUUGAGAGGCCAAACAAAUCUUAGCUCGGUCAUUGUUUCCUGCCCAACAAAUUGUAGCUCAGACCGGUCAAAAUACAGUAAAAAUCCACGAGUAAGAACCUGCAUUUUCUCAUACACUGUAUAUAGCCUGAACAGGUUCUUUCAAAAAUAGUUAUUUGUUAAAUUUUGGCUAUUUUCUAAAAUAUAUAGGUUCUUAUUUUAUGAAUGAAAAACAUUGUGGCUAAAGAGUACUUAUAAAGAGGCUUUCAGUGGGGUGAUGUCUCCCAAAGAGGUUCCUGAAUAUUUUUCAAGUGAAAAGAAUUUUGUCAUAUAGAUUUAAGAAAAUAGGAAUGUCUUUCAAAUAUAUUUAGGAUAAACAGGGUUAGGUUCUUGUUAGCCUGUUCCAGGCAUUCAGAUAGUAGAGCGUGGGAGAAGAAUUCACGAAGCAAAAAAAAAGAAACGAAGGAGACUAGAGGGGGAAAAGGAGAGAGAACGCCUUACAGCGCCCUUACAGAGUUCUUUCCGCCCUUAAUUGACCGCCGACCACGUAUUAAAAACUGUGACAUGAACUUCAAAGUGCUGACAGGCUAGACAGGACCCAUAAGCUGGUGAUAGUAUGAAACGUGACCUUUGAGUUAGCUUUCAAUAAAUAACAUCAGAGGUUUUCCUUCUUUUGACUAACCAAAUCCAAUUUAUGUCACUCUGAGUCAAACAUUGAGACGGUCAGUCAUAUAUACUGGGCAAUUAUUUCCUGCAGUUUGUUUCUGAAAUAAUUUGAUUCCAGAUGCAGUUAGGUACUGAUUUUCUUUGACCUCUGUUAAAGCAUUAAUCUUUUUAUUGCGGCUAAAUAACCUUUCAAAUAAGAUUUUUUUUGUGCCUUUGUGGGCUUCCAUAAAUGAUCUCACACGCACACCUUCCCCCCCCUGUUUUCUCGGUGUACAAUUUAACUCGCUCCCCACUUACCGCCAGGCUCUACUAUCUGAACGCCUGGAACAGGCUAGCUUCUUGUAUGGAGAGGGCCUAACUGGCAAAUUUAUAGCCUUACAGGUUCUUAAAAACCAGGUUCUCAGUCACAGGUUUUUACUGUAUUGAAAACAUUGUACUUUGCAGUAACAGGCAAAUUAAGACAAAAAAUUUCCCCAUAAAUGCUCAAAGACUCCUUGUAUUGCGAGAUGGGAAAAUAUUGAGUUCAGGACGAACAUAUCUUAUUAUAAACCACUUUUGAGUGUGGUUAUCAAGUUACGAAAGUAACAUUUCUUAAAAAAAUUAAGCUAAGCCAUGUAAAAGCAGUUAUUUCAAUUUUCAGCGCCUUAAUGUUGACCGGCCAAAUCUUGACCCAACAUAUUACGUUGACUGCCUGUAAUUUUGAGUCUUGGCGGUCUGGUCUUGUGGAUUAGUUGUUUUUACAUGUAACUCACUACAGUACCUAUCAACUUAAUUAAGAGCCAAAUAUUUCAUUUAUUGGAAGGAACAGUGUAGUAAACUGUCUAUUGUAAGAUUGAUCAGCUCUUUUAUUUUUCAAUUCCCAUGUAACAUUAUGCUCAAUAUUGCUCAAUAUGUAGGGGUGAGGGAAAGUCCUUGCCCAAAUGAACAAUUUUAAAAUCUUAUCUUCUUAGUCAUAGAAGAACAUGAAAGUGAGGUCCUCCAAGUUGAAUGUAGGAUGGAAUGCUCUCUUGUAGGUGAACAAGAGCAAAGACAUUUAGCAGGUACUGAU